AGUACAAGUACAUAAAACGAACAUCCGAGUAUUAAUUCAGUGUGUGGCUUUUCUAUUCAUUUAACCGGCAAUGUUGCUCACGUUUUAAUUAAGAUAUCGCUCAUACUCUCGUAUCUUUUACACUUUUACUAUAUAUAUGAAGAAAUAAUAAAGUAAAUUUUGUUAUUUUUGCGUGUUGGUACGCUUCUCGUCGACGCAUUUGCAUAUGAAUACUUUUUCGCGCCCAUAUUACAACAACACAUAACAAAUAAACGGUUUUGUUUGGCACCAUUUACUUUGUUCUUUUUAUUAUUAAAUAAUUUUUUUUUUUUUUGAAAACUCAAAUGAAUGGUAAAAGUGAAGAGUAAAAUUAGUGGUGAAAAUGGUUUAUGAAUCAUCGUACGACAGUGGUCGUAGGCCAUUUAAGCCCGACCCGACACGCGGCUAUUGGGCGGCACCGAGUGAUUUCAUCUACACUUGCAUCAGUUUGGGCUUUCGCAUGGAUUUGGUGUGGAUGGGCUGGUUACUUCACCAGCGCAUGGGAGGCACAAUUAUUGUCUACAUCCUUUGUAUGUUUCUCUUUGUCGUACCAAUUAUUGUGAUACAGUCAUUUAUGGGUCAAUUCUCCAGCAGCGGCUUCAUAUCGACUUUUCGCAUGUCGCCAAUUUUUAAAGGUCUGGGUUAUAUAAGCUUAUUCGUCAAUUUGGCUGUACUAUCCUACUACAGCUUGUUUGCAGCUGUGCCGUUACUUUAUUUAUUUCACUCGCUACGCCCCACUUUACCUUGGAGCUGUGAGGGUAUAGAAAAGUGGUUUCCAAAUAGCACUGAAGCAGAAGUUAAACAUCCCUGCAAAAUGCUAGAUGUAGUGGAUAUAAAAUCUGGCAUGGUGUCCAGUACAUAUAUAUAUAUUGGCUAUGAAGUGCCCUCUGUGUUGUUCUUCAACUCAAUUUUUGGUGGUGAUGAUGUGAUGGAGAGUUAUCGGUAUAAUAGUCCAUUUCUGUUCUCAUGGGAGUUGCUUGUUUGCACGCUGCUUAGUUGGGCUAUCGUAGCAGGUGUCUUUUAUCGUUUCUACAAUACCGAGCUGAUGAGCAAAUUUUUACGCUAUACCAUUUGGACUUCCCUGAUUUUACUGUUGAUAUGCGUCGGACGUUUCAUGUUGUUAUCUAAUGAUUGGAGUUAUAUCUUCAGUUAUUUUAUGGCAAAACCUGUUGAUAUUGUUGAAGGGAUACCCAGCACUGUACUUAUUAUAGUAUCGGCAUUCGGUCCUGGAUGGGGAUCUAUUAUUGCCCUAGCCAGCUUUAAUCGCUUCCGGGCAAAUAUUAUGAAUUAUAGUUGGAUUAUUUGUCUGGGACAAAUGGGCAUAUUUCUGGCUUAUGGCAUUAUAACGCAUAUAAUUCAGGGUUACUUUAAAUCUCUUACCACUCUGUACACUAAUGGGGCACUAUAUUUGACCAGCGGCAGCGUAAUAGCAACGAUGAGUUGGCCAAACCUAUGGUCAAUAAUCUUCUAUGCAAUGCUGACGUUGACGGCGUUGAUAACAAUGAUAACCUGCUUAUUUUCUAUAUAUCAAAGCAUUUUCGAUGAGUUCGAAAUGCUGCGUUCACGAAGAACCGAAGUUACACUUGGGCUCAUUGGCGUACUAGCAUUUUUAUCCUUAUAUACGUGUUCGAAUCACGGCGCCCUUUUCUUCAGCGCCAUGUCAAUGGAUUCACUCUUCACCCAAACAGCACUCAAUCUGCUACUGUUGUUGGUCGUGCUAUGGGUCUAUGGGCGUGUUCGCUUUCAGCGUGACAUAGAAUUCAUGUUGGGACAACGUUUCGCCACAUGGAAAGUGAAUAUGUUGCGGUUUGUUGCACCAAUUUGUCUCUGCCUUUUACUGUUAGGCGCGAUCCUUGCUUCUUUCGUCAGGCACUCUAACAGCUCAAUUGUGAUUCUCAUUGCUGCGGUUUUCCUCAUUGUUCUACCUUGGCUCUACUUGCCCGGUUACAUGAUUUAUGUAUUUCUACAAACAACGGGUUCAUUUAAGAUGCGCUUUCAACGUUGUAAUCGUCCAAUGGACUGGUAUCCCGUUGAAAUUGAGGAGCGACAACGUUACGAAGGGGCGAUGGGCAAUAUGGAUAUUACGCAUCAAUUAAAUCGAAUUGCAGAUGAAGUCGUGCCAUAAUGAGAUUAUAAUGCAGAAUUCCGUCUAAAAAAUUUCAAAGAAUUAUCGAUAAAUACCAAAUGUAUAUAAAUGUUUUGAACUCGUAAUUUUUUAAAAUAAAUUUUUCUGCGCAGCCUAGAAUCUUGUUACAGGAAUUAAAAUAUCUAAGUAAGAUUUUUC